AACAGCAUACUCGGUCAGAGCAAUCCGGACAGUAGGAAACUGGUGUAACUUGGGCCAACAUAAGUUACCCUUGUUCCAAACUCUGCUUAGCAGUGGGGCUAUUGCUGACCAUCCCAAGCCUGGCAGAGGCAAAACAAGGCUUUAAAACAGAGUUUGACUUAUACCAUCCUUUUUGCCAAGUAAUUUCUGCUGGGUUGUUAGGUCAUGUGACUCAGCUGAAUGCAGUUUGGAAAUAGGGGUAAGUUUUCCCCCAGCCCCACCCUGCCUCAUCAUUUUGGGGGGGUUUAACUUGGCUGAGCUCAGAUGGAGGACUCUGGCUGAGCUGGGAUGAGGGACUUGCUCAUGUUCAGCCAGAGAUCCACCUAUUCCAAACUCCACACAUCCUGGUGGAUCUUGGGUUUGGAUUGCUCUGCAAAAUCCUGGGUUUCUUCUUGAUCGUUUAAUAUUUCUGAAGAAUAAUUUAACCAAUUGAUCAGGCUUUUGUGAGAUCUUAGCCAUGUAUUACAAAGGUGACAAACAUUUAAAAAGAGUUUCAUCAUGUAUCUGGUCAUUUUCUGUAAUGUAGAAAGUUUUGGAUAAUUAAAACUAUAAACAAAAGUGUCAAGUCUGAUACUUUGACAAAAGCAAAAGUCAUAGAUAUGCAAUUGUACUGGUAUCUUAAAAUGGUAGUAGACAUUGAGCAUGAUAUCCAUAUCAGCCAAUUACUUCAGAGGGUGACUGCUAACUAUAAUUGAAUGCCAUACAUUUCAAGUUUGGCAUUCAAGAGCUCACCAUAGUUUGCUGAUAUGGACUUUAUAGCAAAUCUGGAAUGGCAGACAGAAAAUGAAGCUGUGUGCUAGAAGGGAAGAGGGAGCACACAGGCCUGCAAUUCAUUUCUAAACCUCCAAACAGUGGUUUGAGGGAUUGGCUGAACUGAGCCAUUGAAAUAUAUAGCAAACACUACCAGUACCCAAAAUAUUAUUUAUUUCAGGAUUUAUAAACUGAUCUACAUUCAGAGAAAGGAUGCACAAUUGCUACUAAAUAAUUGUUUUGUAAAAGUUUUACACUUAGUCAAGAGAAGUGAAGUCUCAAAACUAUUUUUAUAUGUCCCUGAACUGUCAAUCGUUUAAAGUAAUGUGUAAAUAAAGUGCACUUAUUUCCACUAAGUUUCAUUUAUGUUGAAGGUUUUUUAUCUUGUUUAGAUGACAUUCUCAAUGGAUAUAAUAAAUGUCCCAAUGAGUAAGAUUCCAGUUCCUUGUAUUAUUUUAAAUAUGUCCUGCUUUAAAUGAAUUUAUAGUUAAAACAUUUACAAAGAUGGAAUCAAGGUCAUCCUAAACAAAUGCGGAAGUAAACAAAUCUGUUACAGAAAAAUACAUUCUGAGCAAAUUGCUGCACAGUUUAGAAGCCUUUACAUAAAAAUCCUGCUCUGCCUGCCAUCUGAAUGAAAGUCUUCUAGGUUACGUACCUGUUUCUUGGGACAUAUUUUAUCAUCUGGUUCUGAUACUAGAAUACAGAAGUAUUCUGCUAUUGGGAGCAGAGGGCAAAUUAUAUAUAUUCAAAGAAUGCAUGCAUCUAUAAAUAGCUAGUUUUUGUCUCUUUAAAAUAGAUGUGUUCCUUUUCCACUUGUUGCUUAUAUAUAUUUCUAGUGGGGCAUGGCAGUUUCUUCAUGCAUGUACACUGUUAUCUCAUGAGACCUGUGUAUAUUGUUAGGGAUGAGUUUUGGGACCCAAGUGCAAACUUAAUACUAAACUGUUUAAAUAAGUAGAGAUGUAUUUAACAUACUUGGUAACAUUAAUAUUUUAAUACAGAAAGGUUGAAGCAGUAAGCUACUAUACAUCGCACAGAGUGACCUAAUAUGAGUUUAAAUAUACAUAAUGGAACAUUAACAUUUUAAGAUGUUAGUGUAUUUUGCAUGAAAGUAAUUCAUAUAUCCUCAUGUGAGCAGGAGAAACUGUCACAGCUCAUCUGUGCUUGUGGGCAUGUGUUAAUAAGCUAAACUUGGAUGUCCUGGCUAUAAAAAGAUAUAAGUGAAAAUUGACCUUUAGUACAAGUUGGAUCUCCUGUGUAUACGGCUGCUGCAAAAAAGAAGCUAGCCAGCAUUUAAACAUACCCUUUUCUCUCCCUGAAGAUGGCCAGACAGGCUAUAUCUCUGUGUGCUCUGAACAAGACAUUAAACAGAGUGGAAAACAAACUGCAAACAAUAGAGGCUCAAUUUACAUUGCUAGAUUCCAGCAUUCAGAAAUUAUCAGAGAAGUUUGUGUUUCGGAAUACAGCAAUGGAGCAUCAAAUGGACCAGGAUGAAAUGUGGGCAUCACUGCUAGAAGACAGAUUCACUUCGGUGGAAGUAAAUCUUUUCUACAGCUACAUCUGUGAAACUAUUUGCUGCUUACGUUCCCAAGUGAUAGAAAUACUACCAGAUCUGGCAAGAGCCCUUCCUACUCUGUCAUCUAUUCUUAGGCGGAAAGACAGAAACCAAAGAAUUACAUUGGCGUGGGAAUCAGUGCUGAAGAAAUUGGGACUGCAAGAAGGAGAUGUUAAAGUCUUCUGUGCAUUUUUCAUUACACAUAGCUAUGAGGCCUGUUACUAUCCUGCUAAUCAAAGGCAAGAGUACACCAAUGACAUCAGCUCUCUCAUAAACAAAGUGGUGAAGAACCAGCUCCUUCAGCGCAGCCUGCUUUCUGCUAUUCAUGUUGUGCAAAACAGAAAAACCUGAAGGUGUUUGCAAAGAAAAUGGAAGAAUAACUUCCCUUCAGAAACAAAUUGUCUACAAAACUACUUAUAACUGGAAAGUCUUUACUUGGUGGCUUUAUACAAGACUUCCUCUCAGUCUUCACCCCAUCUGUAACUGGGGAAAGUAGCAUUGUACUGGCCUUCCUUACAGAGCUGUUGUAGAGAUAGGAAGAUCUGAUGUGAAGCUUUUGAAACUUAAAGCAUGACUAUUGCUAGGGAAGAGAAUAAUACCUCCCAUUUUGCCCAUAAUACCUUUUAAAUCCAUCACCCAAUUGCUACAAUAGUUGAAUAUACAGCAAUUAUAAUCUCUAGCCCCUAGUUUUGUGGUUUCCCACAUGAAACACAGGCCCAAUUCUUGAGUGGCAGGCAUACUUACAAAUAUCACGAACAUUAUACAGCCAUGAGAGUGUAGUUGUAGUCAGCAUGGAUUUUUCGCAUUGUUUAACAACCUUCUAAGUUUACAUGGUGAUACCCAAAACAGUCAGAAAGAAUUGAGAGUUCAAAGUGUAAGAGAGAGAAAAACAGACCCGUGUUAGACUUUUUCUGUCAGUGUCAUAAUUUGUUGAAAUUAAAUAAAAAUCAGCCAUGUUCAGAGUACCUAUAAUCCCAAUACUGACCUUGCCCCAUACUCUGACCUUCAUCUUCUGCAGUUUAAAAGUUUUAAAAAUGCCUAUCUGAUUUUUAAUUAAAGAAAUUUAACAUUGAAGUCAAUGAUAACCCCGGCAUGCUCAGUAAGAACCAACUGUCUGUUCUAAAAGCCAGACUCACAGCUGUUUGGCUUGGCAAAUCAGGUGGCCACACCCACACCAGACCUUGAUUUCAAUUUAGACAGUCAUGCCUUCCCUCACAGAAUCCUGGGAAGUAUAGUUUGUGAAGGGUGCUGAGAGGAGAUUCCUAUUCCCCUGACAGAGCUCCAGUGGCCAGUGUGGUUUAACAGUCAGCCGGUCUGAUUGAAGCUCUGUGAGUGGAACAGGGUGUCUCCUAGCAACUGUCAGCACCCUUCACUAACUACACUUCCCAGGAUUCUUACACUCCUGAACUCAGAAAUGCUUGCUUAACAACCCUCUCAAUUUUCAUGAUGAUACACAAAACAGUCAGAGAGAAUCGAGAGUUCAAAGUGUAAAAAGAGUGAGAGAGAAACCAGACCCCUUUUGGACUUUUUUCUGUCCUCAUGAUCUGUGGAAAUUCAUUAAAACUCAGCCAUGUUCACAGAGUACCUGUAAUCCUUUUACUCACCUUGCCCCAUACUCUGACCUUCAUCUUCUGUAGUUUAAAAGUUAAAAAAAUGCCUGCCUGAUUUUUAAUUAAAGAAAUUUUGACUUGAACUCAAUGAGAAGGUCAGGCAUGCUCAGUCAGAAUCCACUGUCAGUGUUCUAAAAGCCAGACACACAGCUGCUGGGCUUGCCCAAUUGGGGCCACACCCAUGCCAGACUUUGAUUUCACAUGAGAUAGUCAUGGCUUCCUCCAGAGAAUCCUGGGAAGUGUAGUUUGUGAAGAGGCUGAGAGGAAACUCCUAUUCUCUUACAGAGCUCCAUUGGCCAGAGUGGUUUAACAGUCAGACACUCUGAUUGAAGCUCUGUGAGUGGAACAGGGCCUCUCGGAGCAACUGUCAGCACUCUUCACUAAUUACACUUCCCAGGAUUCUUUGGGAGAAGCCAUGGCUGUCUAAAAUGAAAUAAAGGUCUGGUGUAGAUGUGGUCAGUGACAGCUUUGGUUUAAAUUUAGGUGGGAGAAUACAUGUGCCUUCUAUAGAAUAAAAAGGUGGGGGAAAUGCUGAAAAAGAAUGAUACUGUUCACAAUGUUUUCCUUUUGGAAAGGAAAGGGGCUUCCCCUCUGCCCAGUGCCUGUCCACCUAUCCACCCACCCAAUCUCCCCUCUCUGCCCUCCUCCAGGUCAGUUUCAUCAUAAGCAUGAUUGCACAGGCGUAAAUCCCACUGAACUAAAAAAACCAUGCAAAUGAUCAAACCUGCCCUUCCCCCUCCUCCUUCCCAUCACCUUCCUUAUGCCCCUUCCCUCCCUUUUACUUCACUCCCCUUCCCCUCCCCUUCCAAUGCCCUCCCUCCUCCUCCUUCUGCCACCAGUUUUACUAUUCCUAACCAUGAUUGCACAGGAGUAAAUCCCACUGAACUCAAUAAGCAUGCAAAUGAUCAGACCUGCCUUUCCCCUCCUUCCUCUCCUCUCCUUUCCUCCUCUCCUCUCCUUUCCUCCUCCCCUCUCCUUUCCUCCUCCCCUCCCAUCUUCCUUCCUCCUCCCCUGUGUACUCCAGCCCUCCCCCCCUCUCCUCUCCCCCCACCCCCAUGGUCAGUUUUAUAUUUGCUAAGCAUGAUUGCAUGGGAGUAAAUCCCACUGAAUUCAAUAAGCAUGCAAAUGAUCAAACCUUCCCUCCUCCCCCUCCUGCCUCCUCUCCUCUGUCCUUCUUCCCCUACCCCUGCCCUUCCUCCUUCUCCUCUCCCCAUCCCCUGUGGUCAGUUUCACCUAUCCUAAGCAUGAUUGCAGUGGAGUAAAUCCUAUCAAUAAGCAUGCAAAUGAUCAAUCCAUUUUCAGCAAACUUGGACAGGAUCCUAUUUCUUACCUCCCGGAUUAAAAAGCAGAGAAAUUCACUCAUAUGCAAAAAAAACCUUGCAGUUUAAGAACGUACCUAUAGCCCACAGCUAUUU